CAACCUCUCCACGUUACAGCUUCUCCUACUUGUCCCCCCACCCCCUUUUUCUUUUAUAAACUCCUCCUUCCCUUCUUCAUCUUCUUCCUAAUUGCCAAUAUUCCUCUCUCAUCUUAUUGCACCACAUAGUACUUACUAAAAAUACCCAUAAACAUUACAUAAUGUGUAGCUCCAAGGCUAAGACAUGCCCGCCGGCUGUUGAUGUCAACCCCGUCGUUGAUGGCCGUCCUGUCCUCCAGCCAACUUGUAACCGAGUUCCGACCUUGGAACAAUGUAAUUCACUGAUCAAAAAGGUCUCCCCAAAGUCUCCUCCGCCACCACCACCGCCGCUGCCAUCUUCGGCAACUCUUACCACCACUACUAGUACCAUUAGACGAACUAGAAUAGCCAAGGCUUCAUCAUCUUCAUCAUCAUCUCCUCCCAUCUCUCCCAAUUCCAAGUCUCCUAGACCCCCCGCGCUGAAGAGAGGGAAUGAUCCAAAUGGACUAAAUUCAAGCGUUGACAAGGCAUCAACUACACCUCCAAGUGCGUCCAAGCCUCCAACUUUAGAGAGGAAGAAGUCAAAGAAAUUCUCCGCUGUUGGUGCGGUUGCACCACCUUCUUCUAUUGAGUCUGCUUCUUCGUUGAGUAAUUAUCCUUCUUCUUUGCUCAUCGAAGCUCCCGGAAGCAUAGCAGCGGCACGAAGGGAGCAAGUGACACUCCAACAAGCCCAGAGAAAAAUGAAAAUUGCUCAUUAUGGAAGAUCAAAGUCAGCCAAGUUUGAAGGCAAGGUGGGAAACUUUGAUUCUUCUCCAAAUACUGCUACAACUGCUCGAGAGGAGAAGAGAUGUAGCUUCAUCACUCCCAAUUCAGAUCCUCUUUAUGUCGUUUACCAUGAUGAGGAAUGGGGAGUUCCUGUUCAUGACGACAAGUUUCUGUUUGAACUACUAGUAUUAAGUGGUGCUCAAGUUGGAACAGAUUGGACUUCAAUCUUGAAGAAACGCCAAGAUUUCAGGGAUGCCUUUGCAGGAUUUGAUGCAGAGACUGUCGCCAAUUUCACUCAAGGACAGAUGACAUCCAUCACUGCUGAUUACGGUAUUGAUUUGAGCCGAGUUCGAGGGGUUGUCGACAACGCUAACCGUAUUCUAGAGGUCAGAAGGGAUUUUGGGUCGUUGGAUAAGUAUUUCUGGGGAUUCAUCAACCAUAAGCCCAUCGCUACCCAAUACAAAUCAUGCCUCAAGAUCCCCGUGAAGACGUCGAAAUCAGAGAGCAUCAGCAAAGACAUGGUUAGGAGGGGUUUCAGGUCUGUUGGCUCGACCGUCAUCCACUCUUUCAUGCAAGCCGCUGGUCUUACCAAUGACCACUUGAUCACCUGUCCACGUCACCUCCAAUGCACGGCAUUAGCAUCCAACCGGGCCACCGUGGCCCCAGCUCUAUAGAAUCAAAUGACAUAUUAAUUACUUAACAACAGGAAAGCCCAUCAGCUAGCCCAUGACCCAUAACUCAUAAUGUGUGCUAAGCUCCAUCCUAUUAUAUAUUAGCUGAUUUUCUAACUAUAUUUUAGUUUCAAUGGCCCUCGAAUGUAUAGUAUUACAGGAGAUAAAGGAAAACCCAAAAGAGAGGGAGGGAGAGUUUUGCGACUUUGAGAAUUGUGUGGAUGCUGUGAGAUUUUUUUUUAAAUGACAGCGAUGGUUUGGGGAAUGUGGAUGGAUAAAGGGGGUGAUGAUUAGAAGAGAGAAUUAAGAAAUAAAAAGGAUGGAGUUUGCUGUGGUGGGGAAGACAGACACCAUGUGCAUAUGGCAGGCAUGGCAUGUGUUGGGUGUCAGAGGCUUUCAUUCCCUGUGAGCUGUGACUCUGACCACCUUUCAUUAUUCCCCUCCUUUGUAGAGAGAGAGAGAGAGAGAGAGAGAGAGAAGGGGGGUAAUAUCGGUAGCCAGUGUAGGGACAUCCUUCUCUUGUAUUCCACUACUCAAUGCAGAUUUCCUAAUUACAUGUUUAGGAUUUGCAAAUUACAGGGGAGGAGAUAGAAAUACUAAUCAGAAAUUACCCCCACCCCCAUGUAAUAAUGUACCAUGGAUUUGGUGUGGAUUUAAUUUCUUAAUAUUUGUUGGUGAGAAUUGUUUGUAAGAUUGGCAUAUGGGUUCUGUACCGUUUGGUUACCUGAUAUACUUUUUAAAUGUUAACAGCUUAUUAAGAUAGGUAUCUUGUCCAGUUGUCCCA